UGCCUGGUUCCGAUCGGGGUGCGGGGAUUGCUUCUUUAAGGGGUCAGCGCUGCAACUCCGUCGCCGCGGGGCCCUGGUGACAGGCGCACGCCCCGCCCUUUCUCCUCCCAAGACCUGCGGGCUUUUGUUAUGCAGAUGGCGGCAGGAGGCAGAGCCGGAGGAGGAGGGAGUUGGUGGCGAGGAGGAGAGACGGAGAGGGGGGAGGAAAGUGCAGCUCGCGCGACCAGCCUCCUCUUCCAACGUCACAUUGUGCGAGAGACAAAACCCGGGCGCGCCUGAGCUCACACGCGCACGCACACACAGACGACCCCGUCGCCUCUUCUCUCCCGGCGCUGCCCUGAAAGCCAGCCCUGCCUUCCUUUCCUGGGGCGCGGAGGCUCAGCAAGCUCAGAGCGCAGACCAGAGCCAACCCAGAGGGCGAAGAAAGCCGGCGGACAAGCCUUCUUUCUCCCCUGCCUUCCCCUGGCUGAGGCGCCCCAUCCCCCGCCCUGAACCCCGAUCUCUCGCACCGCACCCCUCUGGGUGUGACACGGACAAGGCCCGGAGCCGGGUGUGCCCCCGGUUGGAAUCCGCGUUUCAGCACUUCGGACAGCGCCCGAGCGCCCUGGCCCCUUCGGGUUGGCUAUGGCGAGCGUUCAGCAAGGCGAGAAGCAGCUUUUUGAGAAGUUCUGGCGAGGAACCUUUAAAGCUGUGGCCACCCCGCGUCCCGAGAGCAUCAUUGUAGCCAGCAUCACGGCCCGCAAGCCGCUGCCAAGGACAGAACCUCAGAGCAGCCCCAUGGUCCCUGCUCAGGAUGGACCCUCGGAAAAGCUGAGCCAGCAUCUGGCCACUGAGGCCUUGGGCACCAACAGCUGGGAGAGAGACAAGGCCUGCCGGGAGCUCAGUCCUGCCAGAGCACGCAGUGCCUCCCGAGUCAAAGACUUGACACCACUGCCUUCCUCCAGGGGAAAGAAGAAAAAGAAGAAAUCCACCCGGAAGAAGAGAAGGAGGUCCGCAUCAUAUAGCCCAUCGCCUGUCAAGAAAAAGAAGAAGAAAAGUUCCAAGAAACAUAAGCGACACAGGUCAUUCUCCAAGAAGAGAAGGCACAGCUCCUCUAGCCCAAAAAGCAAAAGAAGGGAAGAGAAGAGGCACAAAAAACAAUCGCGAAGCCGGCCCCGAAAAUCUCACCGCCACCGCCACCACCGCGGCCCGUCACGGUCCCCGAGCUCGGCGUCCCGCUCCUCCAGCUGUGAGAGCAGGCACCGUGGCCGGUCCCCUGAAGAAGGGCGGAAGUCCCGCCGAAGACACUCCCGCCGCUGCUCCAAGACCCUCUGCAAGGCCAGCCCCGAGGCCCGGUCCAGCCGCCCGCCCAGCCAGCCCCUCCAGAUGCUCAGCCUCCUGUCGGCCAGGGCUGUAAUCACUGGGUCGGGCUCUGCUGCUGACCUCUUUACCAAAACAGCCAGCCCGCUCACCACCUCCCGAGGACGCUCCCAGGAGUAUGACUCAGGCAAUGACACCUCCUCGCCACCCUCCACGCAAAUCAGCUCAGCCAGGUCGCGGGGUCAGGAGAAAGGGAGCCCCAGUGGGGGCCUAAGCAAGAGCCAGGACCUCAACGGCGGCGACACCUCUGAUUCAGGGAACUCCUUCACCACCUCCUCACCCCAGAACAAGGGGGCCACUCUGGAGAAUCUCUCCCCCACCAGCAGGGGCAGAGAGUCAAGAGAAUCUCAGUCGCCAUGCCUGGAGUGCACCGAGGUGAAGAAGUCCAGCCUGGUCCUGGCCACGGCCCGGAGCUCCCCCAUGAGAGGGUGCUCCCGCAGCUCCUCCUAUGCCAGCACCCGCUCCUCCAGCCACUCCUCCCGAUCGCCAAACCCCAGGGCCUCCCCCAGGUACACCCGGAGCCGAUCCGCCUCCUCUGGGAAAAGGUCCUACUCGCGCUCUCCCAGCUAUUCCUCCAAGUCUGGCAAGAGGAGCCCGCCUAGCAGAAGCUCUCGAUCCCGCCGCAGCCCCAGCUACUCCCGCUACAGCCCCAGCAGGGAGCGGGACCCCAAGUACAGUGAGAAGGACUCGCAGCAGCGGGAGCGCGAGCGGGCGCGGCGCAGACGUCGGUCCUACUCGCCCAUGCGGAAGCGCCGGAGAGACUCCCCGAGCCACCUGGAGGCGCGGAGGAUAACCAGUGCCCGGAAACGCCCCAUCCCCUACUACCGGCCCAGCCCCUCCUCGUCCAGCAGCCUCAGCAGCACGUCCUCCUGGUACAGCAGCAGCAGCAGCCACUCGGGCAGCCACAGCUACUCCCGGAGCCGGAGCCACGGCCGCAGCCGCAGCCGGAGCAGGACCCGCCUGAGCAGCAGCUCCAGCUCCCGCAGUCCCAGCCCGGGCUCCCGGAGCAGGAGCCGCAGCCGCAGCCGGAGUUACAGCUCCGCAGACAGCUAUUCCAGCAUGAGGCGCUGAGCACGGGCCCUCCCCUGAGCCAGCUGUCCGCGGGGGCCCCUUUCACUCUGCCAGCCGCCCCCACUCCAUGCCCACCCUGCCUUCUCCUUGGUGACAGACAUUGAGGGCUCCUGGACCUGUCCUUCCUGCUCUCCUGGGGAGGAGGAAAAGCGGGUACGGGGGCUUUAGCCUCUAGGUCAAGCUGCCAGGAGCCUCCACCAGCAUCACCCUGGGGCUCAAUUCAGGCCUGGGCAUAUGGAGAGAAGCACCCUCUGUUGGCACAAGAAGCCUCAAGGUUUUGUAAGAAGCAAUGGGUUCAUGACUCAAAAGUUUGGGCCUGGCCAGGAAAACGUGGAGAGAGUUCUGGUAACACCCUGCUCCCUAAAGGAUGCAUACGGAAGGCCAGUGGUAAUUCAUCCCACCUGCCCUCCUGCCCGCCUUCUCCCCUCAUUCAGUCUCAUGGCUGCACGUGUGUGGAGUCCCACAGGGGUCGGGGGAGAUGAGAGGAGACCGGGCAGUUCAGGCCCAGGAGAGGGGUCAGCCUCUCCCCUCCCCUGACAGGCCAAAGCAAAGGCUCGAAGGCUAUUGGGUCCUAGAAAAGGGACAUACAUGAGCAGGGGAUGGGGACAUUUCAGUCGGUAGUAGGUGUCGGGAGGUAGGAGAUAGACUUUCUGGUCAUGAGAUAGAAGCAAAAAGGACGGGGUCGGUCCGCUGCUCCCAGUAUCUCAGCGUGGUCAGGAAAAGGAGCCAGUAGGUCCUAGCCAUGGAGGGGCCACUACAUGCUUUACACAAAAUGCCCCUUAGCUGUUCACGGGGACCCUGCAACCUCACUGAGAAAGGACGCAGUGGACACUUAGGACAGUUUGGUCUAGAGUCCCACUUCCCAAAUUUGCCUCAGCCCCACUAGCUGGCACCAACUUAAUUCCACGGGACCAUCUGCUGAACAUUCCCCAGUGCCAUGGCCAGCUGCCAGUCCCCAGCGCCAGCCAGUCUGGCCUUCCCCUCCGGUUGGCGCCUGCCUGCCCCCUCCCCACUGCCCAGACUGCCACACCCUGGAUCCUACUCAAUGCAGCCGAGCCCCCACCCACCCACCCUCAGCCUAAGCCACCCCCUUUGCCUCUCAGGAAUUUUGCCAGGAUGGGGCACAGCAGCUCAGGUUUUGGGGGCAAGACCCAAAUCCAGAGAGUCUCGGGGGAGAGGCACUUGGAUGCUCCAUGGCUUGGGCUCCCACUGGCUUCUGUGGUUUCUUGUCAGCUUGGGAAAGCCCCGCCUUCAUCUCUGCCCUCACCCCACCUUCCCCCUUCCCGGGGCUGGGCAACCGGGGUAAGUUGAUCUCCAACACAAAUACCACCAGCUGCUUCACCCACAGAAGGCACUGCGAACAGGGGGCAUUAGGGAGAAGAUCCUUAAAAUAAACUCCUGGGCAUCCCCCUCACCAGCUGACUGGCCUUCCGGAGCCUUGUGGGUGAGUUUCAAGUUUGUGGUGGCAACAGCAGCACGACAGGGCAUGGAAGGAGAAAGCCGGAGGGGGCAGUUGUCAGCUCUGGAUACUGGGGCUGUGGGGAAGCAGGGACCAAACAUUCUUUAUCCCUCACACCCCACGGAAAACAUCCUUUUUCUUGGAAUUAGUGACCCCCCCCCCCCCCCCCCGGCAAUCUUUCCCAUCACAUCGCCCCUGGGGCCAGAAACUGCCCUGCACCCACCCAGAAAGUCCUUCUUCCACCAGAAGAGCAGAGCGAGGUGGCCCCAGGCAGCAGUCGAGCAGCUGGCCUUCCCAUGAUGCCCUCUGGCUCAGGCCUAGGCCCCGCCCACCAAGACUGAUGGAUGCCAACGCUGUCACCCCAGAAGGCCUGAUGGCAGGUGCCUGGGGCAGGGGCAGGUGCCCUGGGGGGGCAUGUACAGCAACUGUAAAUAACCCUCUUCCCCACCCAGGAACCCAGACUGGACUCCAGUCUCCGUUCGUGGAGACAAGGCCUCCCGGAGCCACAGGACCUCCUUAGCAGAACAGCAGCGGGAGGCCGAAGAGCCUUCCGUUUGGACUGCCUUCCUUCAAGCAACGCUAGGGGACCAUUUUGCCUGGGGCUCCUAGCAAACCUUUUAUUUAUUUUAUUUAUUUACGUUUAUUUAUUUAUUUAUGUGACCUCUCUCAACCGCAUGCGGUUGCCAUUAGCAGUAUUCAACUAUUUAUUUAUUUGUAUGGAGAGGUUGUAUGUGUGUUUGUGUGUGCGUAUGGGAAAUGGGGGGACUUCUAAAUUAUUUCUGCGCGUCUCUUUUUUGUCGUUAUGUCUCUAUGGAUGGGAUUUGAGAGGCCCGGAUGUGGGUAGGGAUGUUGGCCUUUCCCUGAAGGUCAGACUCACAGAGCUCUAAGUCUGGAACAUUCUGGAGUUGGCCUGGGAGCACGUUCACCCCGACGUCAGUGAGGUUCAGGCCUGCACCCCAGCCCCCUGCCCACCAGCUGCCUCACUGAGGUAUCGGAAAGAUGAAAACAGCCAAGAAGCUUGUGAGCUGAGGCGCUGAAUUGACUCUCAGAGUCACAGGUUGUGUAGGGUUGCAGCCUAAAGUUGGCAUGUUAGACAAAACCUGUACAAGCUGAAAUUGCCCAUGAAAAGGCGUUAGGGAGACACCUGAUGGGAGACCGAUGUGCUGUCUCAUGGCCAACUGACGUGGGGCUUCUGUUAGUACUUAUCGAAGUAGCUGCCUUGUGUUUGGGAGGCCAUGGUGGUUGACAGUAACAUCUGGCUUAACACUGGGAUGGCACUUGGAGCUGAUGAGGUGCUCACACCAUGAGAGUCAGGCAGGAGAGGAGCUGACAGAGGGACAAGAAUAGGCAGCUCUUGAUCUCACCCUUGCUCCAGGGCGUGGAUUAGCAUCUGGGGUCACUCACGGGCUAAUGGAGCAUACUGAGUUGGUUUCAUGUAAGUUACUAUGCUUCUGACUCCACUGUAGCUAAUUUCUCCCCAUCCCCUGAGGUUUCCAGGCUGCUCUCUUCCUUCUGCAGUGGGCACACACUGCCUUGUGAGGAAGUAUCAGCUAUGCUGGGAGAAACACACAAACCCAAAGCAAAGUCUUUUUCUGUGAUCUCUUGCUGUUCUAUCAGGAGAGAGCACAAAGCUAUUUCUAAAAUUGGAAAAAAGAAACAAGAUGAAAGGAGCAGCCAGAGGUCCCCUCAGGAAGGUCAUUUCUGAGCCCAUCUUGGGAACCAGGAUCUGGCUCUCUGACCAAUGAGCAGUGUCUUCUGGCUGCUGGCCAGAGAGCCCUCCCACCCUUUCUAAAGUUGCUAUUGAAAUGGCCAGCUCGCCUGGUCCAGCUUUGAGUUUGGUGCGACUUUUGCAACAUUUCUGGUUGUUUCCCUGGCAAUAUGACUUUGCCCCAACCCAAGCAAGGGAGUACCCCUAGCCUGGGGAAAGUUUGCAAGAAGGCUGCUUAAAUUGCUUCCUUGGGGGAAAUCUCUGUCUCCCCCUCUCACUUGGUGUGUUUCUUUAAUUUCCUUUUUUUUCCCCGUCCAAAAAUAAAACUCUCGUUGGGGCACUGGUAACCUUGCGAACCAGAACCUCGCAGUCUCUGGCAUGGCUGUUUUUCUGCCUCCUUCGCCCUCAUGACCUUCUGCUUCCAGGGAAAGAGGCAGAUCACCCGAACCCUGCUCGUGGUGAGGACUUACCUUAAAAACAAGCAUCCAAAAUGGGAGGAGGAUGUGGCUUGACGUCAAGCAAUAAGCAGCACAAGCCCUUCCACUUUCCUGCUGUGGAUAUUCACCAGAUGAGUGAACCUGCGCAAAUUGCCCCCUUUCUCUGGGCCAAAGUUUGCACCUUUGAGAAGUGGAGGCGUUUUUGAGACACAAUCCAAAAUGUUGACUUGAGACCUGGGCAAUUCUUCAAACACUGAAUUCACCGAGACGUAGAGAAAAAAGGAAAACAUCCUCGAAGGUUUUUAGGAGCAAUAUGUGAACUCCCUCCAGUUGAUUAAGCAAAGCUCAUUCAAAGCCCUCACCCAGGAACAUUCUAGGUCAUCCAGGUGUAACUGCAUCCCUAUGUCUAUUUCUUCCCUUCUUUGAAGGAAACGCAGUCUUUCAGAAGCAAAACAAAAUGAAGAUGUUUGAAAGACGCAAGGGUCUCAGUCUCAGAGAGCUGCCAUCACUUCAUUUACUCAGACCCAUCCUCUUUCCCAAAAGGCUUUGCUUAAAGAGGCCAAAAUCCGGGGUGCUCCCAAAGGUUUGAAAGUACAUUUUGGUUCUCAAGUCCCGCUUCCGCCUUGCACUGUAUUCUUCUCCACGAAUAUCCAAAGUAGUCUCACGUGCAUGUGUCUUGCUUUCCUUUCCUCUCCAGCUGAAUAGAACAUUUUGUCUGACUUAAAAAAACCAAAAACCAGGAUUCCUCCAAACACGUCCCCUCCUCCGCUGGCCGUGUAGUCCAGCUGCGGAACUCAUGCCACAGACGGUGUCAUCGAGCAAUGCUCCCUUGCACCCUCUUCCUCUCACUUUUGCACCCAUGAGCCAAUGACACUGAUAGAGUUGUCCCCCCUCUGUCUGUGGCUGUUGUUUGGGGCUUUUUUUUUUGUUUUCAGAGGAUUUUUUGUUUUUUGUUUCUUUGGUGGUUGUUGAUUUGCAUUGUAAAUACUGUGAUGAGGUCCCCUCAUCAGAACAUGACUUAUUUAAUAAUUUAUUUCCUAUUUAUUAAGUGGUAUUGGGAGACGAGAGGGACCAUCUCUUCCCCUGAACUGCUGUUGGAAAUCGCUCCAUCUCCCAGCUCGAGUGCGGCUGUCUGCAGUGGGGGCAUUAUCGCCCAGGUAAUGAGCGCUGGAAUCACCGAGCAAAUUGGAAUUGGCAGAAACGGAGGCUUCAGUCAUACAAAUUAAGCUCAUAUGGAACUAAAACACUGGUUAUCUCCGGGAAAAGCUCAUUUAGAUGGAAAUUAAUUGAGGAAUAAAAUGCCUGUGCACGAACCAACUUCUAUUAAAAAGUCACAACUCCUUGGGAAAAAAAAAAGAGAGAGAGAGAGAAGGAAAGAAAAUUGUCAUUCCUUUUCUCCGGCCAAGAAGAGCUGGGCCUCAUCUUCUAAUGAGCUGAGCCAAAGAGACUGGAACAGCAUGCAUUUAUGGUUCUCUUGCCUCUGUGUGUGUGUGUAUGUGUGUGUGUGUCUGGAAGAAAUGGAGUGGGUCUCAGUUUUAUCAUCUGUAAAAUGGGAUUUGGCCUAAUUGUUCUUGGCAGGAGGGAGGGAGGGAGUUCUGACUCGGAUGCUGUGAGCUCCACACUGUCAGCUGUAUGGUCCCCGUGUGUCUUCUGCUGCCUGUACGUUGAAGGGUAUCUCCUAAGGAAGGAAAUAGAGAACAAGGCAUGGGUUUCAUUUGCAGGGUGAGGUCGCAGUAGCUGAGUCCUGCAGUCAGAUAUGGGAGACCUCUAGGUGCUGCCGCCAGUUAAUUCUCGUGGCCUGGGUAGAGCCCUCCAUAUUUACCUUGAACUUCUCACUAAGCCCAGCCGUCCAGGGUCAUCAAAGGAGAGCCCAGGAGGGCUUUGUCAUGCUCUGCAUUUGACCACUGUUUGUUGUGUCAGGCCAUUAUUUUGUGCAAUUGUCCAAACAAGCCAGUGACAUAGUCAUAUUGCCAUUUUUCAGAUGAGAAUACUGAGGCCCCAGGAAGGGGGAACUGAUGUGCCCAAGCUCCCUUGAGCUCAGAUCUGCCCGACUCCAGGCCCCACGCUCUCUCGGUAGCUCUUUCUUGCUGGGCCUAUGCUGUGAGGACUUCUCUUUGUGCUGUAUCUUUUCUCUCCCGAUUCUCGGCUGUUGCCUCAAGCGGUCAUUGGCCAAGGACCUAGGAGAAUCCACCACAUCAGCCCAGGGGUCUUGGUGCACCUCCAGGUCAUUUCUCCAUGUCGGGGGCUGCAACUCCCAUCUGGAAAGCCCCAAACCAGGGGACCCACCACCAGCCCAGCUCAGCCUGAGUAGGCAGCCUCUGCUGGGAACGCCCACAUCAGAGAGGAGGAGCGCCUGUGUCCUCCAGCGUCCUAGGACCCUGUCCUCUGCCCAGUGACACAGUGGCCAUGGCUUGUUUGAUAUCUGGUGUCCACAGCUAAGCAUAACCUUCCCGGGGUUUCCAAUUUUUCAGCCUGUACGAAACAUGUCUCUGUUCUAAUAAAAGGUCCCAUGGUAUGGUGUUCUCGUA